UUGAAAAUCGACAUCAAAUGUUGGCGAUUGACGCCUGUAUUUGUAUAGUUGUACUCUAGUUGUUAAGGUAAGAGAAUUUUCCACGUAAUAAUGCAGUAGCCCCUUAUCAUAAGGUCACAAGAUAGUAGAUGCAACAUAUUCAGAUUAAGCAUACUUAAAACGAACAUGAAAUUUAAAAAAAUAUAUAUCAUUACAUAAGUAGCUUUAUAUUAUUUUGCGAUAAUCCCGAAUCGCUGAACGAUAAGUUUCAUAAAACUUGUGCAUUUAAAAUUUACGGUUUACUGCAUUCAAUUUCUAUUGCCAGAAUUUGAAAGUUUACAGGUUUUCUGUUUUAAGAGUACUAUAUGUUAUUAUUUCAAGAGAACUCCCUAUGUUUUACAAUUAGAUAUUCUACUUUUUGGGCGAAAGUCAUCACGCACAUUUAUUCGUGAAAUUGAAUAAAUGUUAUAACCACUGGCAAUAUGACUAGUGUAGUAUGUUUACUAUACAAACUUAUUUCAAUCUUUAGAAACAUGCUUCGUCAUCUGCAAGACCUGCGGUCGACCGCAUGGAUCCUUUCGAGGCGACACAGAGACCGAAUUUCUGUCGCGAUUCAGGAUGACAAAGGAGGCUGCACAUAUGUAGAUUCUACUCCACUUACCUCAAACUCAGAAUAACAGGUCUUUAUGAUCUGCCUAUAUUUUUUUUUUUCAUAUUUCAAUUUGAUUUAAUAAGUAAAAACUUAUAGACCACUAUUAUACACUAGUAUUGCCAAAUGAAACCUAUUUUAUCCCAACCUAACCUGAUUUAACCGAACUCAACGUAAUCGGUUCCCUAUUUUAGAGUAUGUUUGCGGCGACUGUCUAUCUAGAAGAAAAGUUUCCUAAUUAUCAAUAUACCAAAAAUUGACCAUUAUUUCAUCCAGCAAGUGUUCAUCACCUUGAGGUAUAUGGCAAUUGGCAAUCACCAGCUGACAGUUUCAGACUGCCACAACGUUUCACAGUGUUAUGUAAGCAGAUGUAGCAGUCGUGUGACACGAGUCAUUUCCAGGAUGAGCCAUAACAUCAUCAAGAUGCCUGGAACAAAUGAAACACUCAGAGUGAUGGGGGAUUUCAUUGCAAUUGCUGGAAUGCCUGCUGGUGUUGGCUGCAUUGACUGCACCCAUAUAACCAUACAAAAGCCACCUGGUGACCGAUCUGAAAACUUCCGGAACAGGAAAGGAGCAUUUUCCUUGAAUAUACAGGCACGCUACAACACCAAAAACUGCAUCGAACGGGCUUUCGGUGUCCUCAAGAGAUUUGGUUGUUUGGGCAAGAAAAUACAAACAAGUCUGGAAAACACAAAAGUUACUCUCGUCGCUGCAGCCAUUCUCCACAACCUCGCUGUCAGACAGAGGAUGCCGCUUCCCGAUGAUAUGCCAUUUCAGUCAGAAGCAGAAGCCCCUGACGACUCAAAUCCUCUCCCUGAUAACCAUGCUGGUGCCCCUUCAUGCACAGGGCAGCCAGAACGUCGCCAGAUUAUUCAAAAUUACUUUUUAGCCUUGUAUUUCUCAUGCAUUAUAUGA